UCUGCGCUCUCUGCCAGGACUGUGGAGUGUGCAAAGACGAGAGAGAGAGGGAGCGAGAGGAGAGGUGGAGGGAAUACGGUUGGAUUUGGAUACAACUGGAAAACUACCAAGCGCGCACAGCACGCACCGAGCGGAAGGCAAAUCGACGGUGCGUAGCCAACAUUUCACCUACUCCCCGUCCCCCUGCGAUCGGAUUCAGCCGAGAAUGGAGCUCCCUGCCGCCGGAGAGCACGUCUUUGCGGUGGAGGGCAUCGAAAAGAAGCGCAUUCGGAAGGGCAAGAUAGAGUACCUGGUCAAGUGGCGAGGCUGGUCUCCCAAAUACAACACAUGGGAGCCAGAGGAAAACAUCCUUGACCCGCGUCUCCUGGUCGCGUUUCAACACAGAGAGAGGCAGGAGCAGCUGAUGGGAUAUCGUAAACGAGGGCCGAAACCAAAGCAUCUUUUGCUGCAGGUUCCCUCAUUUGCCCGACGAUCCAGCAUUCCUGCGGGUUUUGACGAAACAUCUCCGGAUGCAGAAAGCAGCCCCAAGUCUGAUCCCAUCCAGGUCCAGCGCUCCCAGCCCCAACAGUACCAGCUGAACAGCAAGAAGCACCACCAGUACCAGCCCAGCAGCCAGGAGGUCCCUGCUGACCAGCUCGCCAACAGCAAGAAGAAGUUCAUCUACCAGCUAAACAGCAAGAAGCACCACCACUACGAGCCUGACCCAAACAUGUACGACGCACAGGCUUCCCGGCUCAAAGAGGUGGUCAAAGUUCAGGAAGCUGUCAGUAAACCAGCAAAUCCUGGCUGGAACUUACCUCUGGCCCUGCAGCAGAAAUGGGUCCGGGACAAAGACACAGGCUGCCUGAGCAAAGUCAAAGAGCUGGCAGUGGAAGUGAGGAAACCGGCUGUGAAGGAGGCAGAGAGCGAACACGCCCUCAAACCUAAUCCUAAAGACGCAACCCUGCCAAGUGCUAUUAGCAGCAAAAUGAAGAUAAUCAAGAAUAAAAACAAGAACGGGCGCAUUGUUAUUGUCAUGAGCAAAUACAUGGACAGUAACAAGGUUCACGGAGCAAAGGGUAAACACGGGGAGUCAUCAAGAGAGGACAAACCCCAGAACACCAAACCAUUGGAGAACAAUCCAGCGCACAGAACCAAAAUGGCGGAGCACCCAGAGAACGGCAUCCCCAAAGAGAUCUGCAGCGGCAGUUCCCUCGCUGCCGCAGAGCAUCCCACAAAGUGUUCCCCGAAGGACAGACAAUUCUCCAAACCUUCCCCAAGCACUGCCGAGGAAUACAACACCGAAGUGGCUCGCGGUCAGGCGGACUUACCGGAUGAUUUGCCCCUACAGCUGACCGCCAGCUCUCCCCCAACGUCCUGGACCAUUGACACCAACAUCCUGACCCCGACAGCCGUCGACCAGAUCAGGAUUCCUUCUUUCCCCGGCGACCGAAAGAGAAAACUCUCAGAUCCUGUGGAGGACCGGAGUGUCGCCAAAAUCUACCUGGCUUCGAGGAGCUUCAGCGUGCCGAGCACUGCGGUGACGCCGCCUCAGGACAAACCCAUGGACCUCCACUGUAGCGGGUCUCGCCACAGCAGUAUAUGUACAUAUGAGGCUCUGGGCAGCCAGGAGGAGCCGAUGGACCUGAGCUGCCCAAAAUCAAAGAAGCAGGUUGAAGCAGAAACUCAGCUGGAGCCUGAGCCUGAGCCUGAACGUGAACUUGAGCGUGAACCUGAACCUGAACCUGAACCUGAGCCUGAGCCUGAGCCUGAGCCUGAGCCUGAGCCUGAGCUAGCUGUCAAAGACACACCUCCUGUGACGGAGGACACACAAACAUCCACAGAGAAACCUGCAGCUGUUAAAAAAGUCUCUCCGUUUAUGGGAAAUAUCAUCAUCACUGACAUCACAACAAACAGUCUCACCGUCACAUUCAAGGAAUACGUUUCUUUCUAAGAAACUGCUUAUAAAAUGGGACCGAGUGGACGAUCCUGUUAAUAUGUGCAUAUGUAAAAAAAACAAAACAAAAAAAACAACAAAACAUCAGAAUUUUGUAUAUAUGGAAAUUUAUAAUUUAUCAUUCAAAUUCAAUAUGUUUCUUAUAAUGUUUUAUACUGUAACUCCUCUGUGAUGUUGUAGCCAAGAAAGUGCCCUCGAGGAUUUGAGUGAAUGCAUUCAGGUGGAAGUUUUCCACUAAAAAAAAGAAAUCAGUUAUUUGUCAUAUGGAGCUUAAUGCUGUUGUUUCAUACCUGUACCAAACGUAUAACCUGAGAUGUAUGAAGGUUUAUACAUAUUUUGUAUUAAUAAUAUCACUUAUUUUGGUCCUGAUAGAAGGUAGAGAGGAAUUUGUCGAGUAUAUGGUGAUCAAAGAUCCAAUUGAAAGCACUUAAUUACAUUUUCAUACGUUUGCUUGUGUCAUUACUAGUGGAGAAACAGCGAGUCUUAUUUCACUGAUUCUUUUAAUAUAUAUAUAUAUCUAUAUAUGGACAGGUACCCUCAGACUGGAUUGGCAUAUUUAGUUAUGUGUUUUGUUUGUGGCUUGUUUAAGAUAAAUGAUUAGCCAUGGCAUGCAAAUUUAGAAAGCAGGUGCGUCUGAACACCGUGUAAACAACCGCGGGACGCUCGACCGUGUCAGCAACCUCAAAGCAACGUCUGAGGCUCUUGUUUUGUCACGUUGUCGUCUCAUCGAUGAGAUAUUGCACAUUUUGGGGAUAAAAUACGACACGUACACUCUCAAAGGCCAGUUACCAUUAGGAAAAUGGUGUCAUUUAUCACUGAACAUCCCCCGUUAAGAUGAUGUAUUGACUUCUACCAUAAUUAGGUUGUGAUUUAUUACCAUGCUGUUGACCUCACAUACUGCUGGAGUUACUUUAAAGUACCUGCUACCGUCUCGUUAGGAGACACAGAUUUACAAUAUUCAUCUCAUUUCGCUGUUGAAGCUCAUUCUAUACGAUGUGAAGAACACACAUGAGCACUAUUUGUUUUAGAAGAAAGCUGCCAGGGUCAUUGAUGAGUAUGUCAUAGAGAUUAAAUGUGAGUUGUGAGGCUUACUUUGUAUACUGUUACAUGCAAUCCAAUGGGUGCGAGAUGUUUCGAUUAUGCUGCUGAGAAUUCAAAUAUCAAAGCUGUUGGAUGUAACCUACAUUUGAGUCUAAAUGGCCUUCUACGCACAUUUAAUGCAAAACCAGUGAGAAUGCUAAAAUGCUAUAGUAAUAACAAAUGAAGAGUGCAUAUUUAUUGACGUCUAAGAUGUUGUUCGAUACCAGUUACAAGAUGUUUGCUGCAUCCAAAGCUGCAAGUGAUUCCAUUGAACAGUUUCACCUUAAAUGAGUCUGUUUGCUUCUCUAAAAAAAAGAGUUUUCUUCCUUUUGCUUUGUUUUGCUCACUCUUCCUUGCACUCGGUUCAAAAUGAUUGUUAUAAAGUAUGUUAUACCAGGAGCUGGCUGACGUGUUGUUGUUGGCACAGCUCAUUGGAUGGUAUGUUUCACAAUAAAGAAAGAGAUUUGACCUCUGUGA